GUUUUGGUUUUUUGGUUUUUUGGUUUUUUGGGGUCUCAGCUGGGAAGCUGGAAAGCUGAAAUCCGAGAUCUGAGCAUCAACUGUCGUGUCAUUUGCUUUGUUGUCGUGCUGUCUGAAGAGCCAUCAAAUCAAAUUAUAUAUGAAUUUGUCACAAGUUGAAAGCGAAAGCCGCACCGAUCGCCCGGCAGACAACUCUAUAAAGGUUUCCUUUGUUGCAGUCGACAAACGGCAGUUCCAGCAUCAGCAUCAGCACCAUCACUCGGCAUCCAAAACUCGAUACUCGCGAUACUUGGCUUUUUGUUCCAGAAGAUCUCCUUCGAAAUUCAUUCCAAAUGUUGCGCAUACGCAGUGUGAGCCACGUGCAACUGCUCGUUCUAACGGCAAUCGUUUUGGUGACUGCAAAACAGGAGACUUCAACGCGUCAAUUUGGUGGCCAGAACUUUGGCAACGGCCUGGGUCCCUCCUUCGGUGGCGUGGGCGUGGGUGGUCUAGGGCCUGGGGCCGGGUUCGGACCUGGAUCCGGAUCCGGGCCGGGAGCAGCCGGAUAUCCGGGACAGGGCGGCUACGGACCACCGCAGCAGCCGGGCUGCCCGCUGUGCGACUCGUCGGUUUACUCGUACUGCUCGCACAAGAUGGUACACGAUGCCUGUUGCUGCGAUUUUCCAGGCGGUGCCCCGCAGUUGAGACCACCCCAGUGUUUGUACUACGACUGCUCGCUGCUGUAUGCCAAAUCCUGUUACGAACACGCCCUCAUCAAGAACUGCUGCUGCAAUAAUCCCUACUGACGCGCCCAAUUAUCGCAAAAAAUUGAGAAAUAUCGGGCAACUGGAAUUGGGAAAUUGGAAAUGGAAUGUGCGGAGCGCCAAGUGAUUUGUUUGCACUUUUGCUUAAUUUAUUUAUUCAAUCCAUUUAAAAUGCAUGUGCGGACUCAGCGUUUAAAUCAAACUUGUGCGAUUGCUUGAAGCGCGCUAAAUUAAAUUAAGUAAUUUAUUUGACAAACCAAACCGAAGUCUGUUGUGUUUGUUUUUAUUGCGAAUGUUUAAGCUGGAGGGAUAUAUAAUAAUAUAUAUAUAAUAUAUUAGCGCCAUGUUUACAAUUUAAAUAAGCAUUUAAUAAGUUUAGCAUAAUGUUGAACAGCGAGUGCCGAAGAAAAUUUACAUUGACCCCAAAAAUUGUGGGCAUGGUUUUUGGGGAAAACAUGAUUUAACUUUUUCUAAGCCGUACAUUAAAUACUUUCUGCACUGCA